GAGAGAGAGAGAGAGAGAGCAAACCCUGCGGGAAGCCCAACGCAAAGGAGUCCACCUUCUCGGCGUGUGAGUGAGUGAGUGAGUGAGUGAGUGUCAGUGGGUGAGAAAGAGAGAACGAGAGAGAGAGAGAGUUGAGGAACUGGCCGUGGCUGCUGCUGCGUGCUCCUCCCCCUCCUGCUCCUUUGUAACUGAGCUUGCUUGCCGUGGCUCGUGCUACACCGUCGUGUCUCCCUCCUUUCCUCUUCUUCCUUUGUUUCAGGUGUUGCAUUGCUGGUGAUUUGAAGGUGUUGACGGGGAUGGUCGCCUAACCCGGGCGUCUGAACAUCCUUGUCCCGUAGGCCCCAAGCAAUCAAGAUGAAGGAAGCGAAGGGCAAGAAAGGAGUCGGUGCGGUCGCGAAGAGGGACGUGAAGGAGAAGGUGACGAAGGUGCAGGAUAAGGACAUCAAGAAGAGGAAAGGGCCCGUGAAGGAGCCGAAGGGUAGGAAGGCGAAGUCGGCCAAGAAAGCGAAGGACCCGAAUGCCCCGAAGCGACCGGCGACGGCUUUCUUCAUUUUCUUGAACGAGUUCAGGGAAGUGUUCAAGAAGGAGAACCCGAACGUGAAGGGUGUGGCAGCAGUGGGAAAGGCGGGUGGAGAGAAAUGGAAGUCGAUGUCGGAAGCGGAGAAGCAGCCUUACGUGCUGAAGGCGGUACAGAAGAGGUCCGAGUACGAGAAGACGCUAUCUGCGUACAACAAGAAACAGGAUGACGACGAGGAGGAUGAGGAGGUGGAGGCUGAGGAGUCCGACAAGUCGAAGUCAGAGAUCAACGACGACGAGGAAGAUGAGGAGGAGGAUGAAGACCUGGAGGAUUGAGUAAUUUGGCUCAGGCAUUUGUGAGAAUCAGCGACGGCAGUCACGGGAGGAGGAGUGCAGGCGUGAGCGAGGGGCUGUCGGAACGAGCUGGUGGAGGUGUCUGUCAGUGAUACGUAGGCUUUGGAUGGGAGGUAGACGGGUAGGAGGUUGCGGAUUUUGGGAUGGUGGAGGGGAGGGGAGGGAGGAUGGGGAGUAGUAUUUGUGGGAGAUUUAUUUUGCUAGCAUUCUGGUUUUUGUAAAUGUGAGGGAGAGUUUGUGGGUGAUUGAGCAGCGGGUGGUCAGUGGCGAAGGGCGGUGGACGAGGAGGAAGAGGGGUUGGUGUGGGUAGGGGAGGAGGAAAGAGGGGCAGGACUGGAGUUUUAGUGGGAAUGCACAAGUGCAACUGUGGGAUGGCCACCUGGAUGUUGAUGACCGACGGUCUCGUUCGUUGUGUAAAAUUCUGAACAUGAUAAUUUGUAGAAAUUUUGGCUUG